AUGAGAAGGGGAAGCACAGUAGCAGUGGUGAAACUCGAAUUAGGGCAUCACGCAUACUGGAAAGACUUCAGGCCGAUAGCUUUAUCAAUUGCCCCUUUGCUAUUUGACUUGCUGCACUCGCUAGAUUGUUUUCGCCAUCUGUGGGGUAACGUUAAACCCGCUGUUGUAGACAUCGUAAUUCAACUUAAUCGAGUCAAUGAACUCGAUCAAGCCAAUGACUCUAAGACUUUCUGGUUUCUUAUCCCCAGUCCCCCAAUCAGACACCAAAAAAGGCACCGACGAUUGCAAGGAGACUUGACUCUCGACACCAGUAACUCAUUAUUUGGGGGAUUUUCCAACAAAAUGAGAACAAACGGGGAUGCCCCAAGACAAACAAAGAGGCACAAACUUUCCCAGAACAACUCUCGCUUGUUUACAGCAGUACAAGAGAUGGCAUCUCUAAAUGAAGAUAAGGCAUGCGAGUUUGCUGAUAUUAGGCAUGUGGGUCAAGUGGUAAGUCUUCCUUAUGACUUGAUUUUCAGGAUCCUCCUUCUACUUCCUGCUGAAACUCUCCUCAUAUCAAGUUCUGUAUGCAAGGAAUGGUUCAGUUUGAUUAACAGCUUGGAUUUUAUUGAAGCUCACUCCCGUCAAUCUGAGAGUGUUUUCAUCUUUCUGAAAAAAGCCUCCCCAAGGCUUAAGAGUUUUAAAAUUGAAGACAAGCUUGGUCUAUUGGUUAACUACUCUAUAUUUUCAAAGAGUGAACCGCUUAGAUCUUACAUCAAUUUCGUGAAGGUGCAAGAUGGAAGGUGUAAGGUAAUCGAGUCAAACAUAAGCGGCUUAAAGAAUAUUCUAGCAACUUGUAACGGAUUAAUUCUGGCCACGUGUGAGCAGAAUGGAGGCUUACUAGUAUUGAAUCCAAUGACUAGGAAGCUUUCUGCACUUCCAUUGGGCACUACUCUUCCCCUUCAACAGUCAUAUGGGUUUGUUUUCAGCCACUUGACCAAACAAUAUAAAGUGGUGCACUUAUUUCAGGACGAAUCUCUACAUAUAAGUUGUGAGAUACUGAGCCUUAAUACAAGAUCGUGGUGGGGCGUGGAUGGGCCUUCUUUUGGGCUUUUUACAUCGUUGGUCCACAAACCUGUUACAGCCAUUGGAGCGUUGCAUUGGCUCCCUUCUAGUGUCAAUUGCAGUUUCAUCGUGUCGAUGGGUAUUGAUGAUGAGAAGUUUCGCACUUUUGGUCUUCCAAUUAGCAGCACCCCAAAUGAUAGACUAGUUGAGAUUGGUGGAUUCCUAAGUUUUGUGACGCAUGUGGGGUUCCGUAGAUUAGAUGUGUGGAUGUUGAAGGGAUUGGAGGGGGAAGGUUGGGUGAAGCAGCAUAUAAUCACGAGCUAUAGGGUACCGGAUUUGGUUCCAGUUUCCACGUUGAGGUGCGGUAGAGAAUUGAUCUUCAAGGUAAACGGAGCGCCUUGUUUUUAUGCUUAUGAUGUUGAAAAGGAAGAGAUGCGUAUAGCUGUAAUGGAGGGAGAAGCUCCCGGUGGAUGCAAACAUUACCUGCCUCAUGUAAAUACCCUUACAAGAUGAUUCGAUCCUAUUGUUUCAGUAACGUUUAUCGUUAUCUUGGCCAACUUGGAUCAAUAUCGAGGCCCUCGACUUGAUUCUGUUCUUUGUUUGAUGGUUUUCGUGUGAAAAUACAAGUACCGUCUCCAGGACCUAUGAUUGUUUUUAUUUUGGUACUUCCAGGAACUGUGAUUGUGAUUGUGAAUGAUAUAUACAGACUACGUAAUUUAUCU